AUGAAGACUGCUGUGGGGUUGGUAGCUAUUGCUGCUGCUGCUGUGCAGGCUCAGGAGCUUUAUUUUACCACCACUGGUUAUGAGACUCGGCCUCAAUGCACCCAGCCCCCCGCGACUGCGACUCCAUCGUAUCGCUUCCAGCCGUUUUCUUAUACGCUGAAUGAAACUGUCAGAUAUGCUAUUUCGGUACCGUCUCCUACUUCCACCGCUACUUUUGGCCCGGGGUACCACGAGGCUGUUAAGAAGCUAAACACCAAGUUGUCAACUACAACAUGGGGCAGCUGGCUACCCGGCCAGACCGCUAUCUCGGCGACAGACACAUCUGACAAAUACGGACAAGCCGCCUGGUCUUCGCAGUGGCUGCAGGCGAGUCUCGUCAAUUAUACUACGGUAGGGAUGUAUACCACGACUGUUAGCCCGAUUCCGAUCCCUUCGAGUCAACUGGUUCUUCCCCCACGGGACUUCUUUGGUCCUACUGACUGCUAUGAAUUCCCCGAGGACUUUGCCUUUGGCGUUGCCGGUUCAGCAGCGCAGAUCGAAGGUGCAAUUGGGCUGGAAGGACGCGGUCCCACCCUUCUGGAGAAGACAAUCCAGAGUGACGAGCCAAAGGAUUAUGUCACCAAUGAGAACUACUAUCUGUUUAAACAGGAUAUCCAGCGCUUGGCGUCCAUUGGGGUGAAGUACUACAGUUUCUCCAUCCCAUGGUCUCGCAUUCUGCCGUUUACUGUGCCCGGCAGCCCCAUCAACGAACAGGGUCUGAAGCACUACGAUGAUCUUAUCAAUUACGUUCUAGAAGUUGGCAUGCUACCGGUGGUGACCAUGAUCCAUUUCGACUCUCCGCUCUAUUUUCUGAAAGACGCUAAUAUCACGGCCGUUCCUGACAUUGGUUACAAUAAUGGCGGAUACUGGCACCCGGAAUUUGUUGACUCCUUUGUCAACUAUGGAAAAAUCCUUUUCACGCACUUUGCUGACCGGGUCCCGUUCUGGGUGACCUUCAACGAGCCACUUCUAUAUUCCUUCAACUUCACGGGGAUCGACAAUGUAGUGCACGCGCAUGCCCAACUCCACCAUUACUACCAUGAUGUGCUAAACGGCACCGGCAAAGUCGGGUUUAAACUCAACGACAACUUUGGCGUCCCCAAGAACCCAACCAACCAAACUGACGUUGAUGCUGCAAACCGCUUCAACGCGAUGCAACUCGGCGGAUUCGCCAACCCAAUCUGUCUGGGCGAGCAGUACCCAGAGUCGCUUCUCAACACGCUUCCUGGCGCAAAGCCGCUCAGCAAGCAAGAAUUGAAACACAUCGGCAAGACAACUGACUUCUUUGGCAUCGAUCCUUAUACCGCAACCGUAGUCUCGGUGCCAGCGGAAGGCAUUGAAGCGUGCUCAAAACAGAACCUGUCGACCAACUCUCUCUACCCGUACUGCGUCACGCAGGAGUGGACGAAUGUGUAUGGCUGGGAUAUUGGGUACAAGUCGGCGUCGUAUGUUUACAUUACGCCAACGUAUCUGCGGUCGUACCUGUUCUAUCUGUGGAAUACGUACAAGACGCCGGUUAUCGUCAGCGAAUUCGGGUUUCCCGUAAACGGUGAAUUGGAAAGCGAACUGGUAGAUAGGCUGUUUGACUCGCCAAGAAGUCAAUAUUACUUGUCGUACAUGUCGGAGAUUCUCAAGUCAAUCUGGGAAGAUGGUGUGCAUGUGAUGGGGGCGUUUGCGUGGAGCUUCAUGGAUAACUGGGAGUUCGGCUCAUAUACACCUUUUGGCAUGCAAGUCAUCGAUCGAACAACACAAGAGCGGUAUUUCAAGAAGAGCUUCUUCGACAUAGUCGAUUUUAUUGGUGCGAGAAAUGGACUAGGUUAUUAG